CGCCGGGAGGCGGCGCUGACGCACCACCCGGACAAGGGCGGCGACCCCGAGAAGUUCAAGGAGAUCGGCGCCGCGCAGGAGACGCUCACGGACGAGAGCAAGCGCGCCUCCUACGACUCCGCGCUGCUGCGCGCCCGCUCGCGGGACGGGCUCGGCCUGAGGAGCAGCUCGCACGACCGCGCCCCGGCGCCGCGGCCGCCCCCGGCCGAGCGCCAGACGACGUCGCGCCCGCCGCCGGCCAGGCCACCCAGGCCCCCGGGCGCGGUGGAGAUCCCGGCGGACCCCAGCAGCCUGUCUGUGAAGGAGCUGAAGGAGCUGUUGUCCGCGCUGGGCAUAGAUCACGAGAACUGCCUCGAGAAGGCCGACCUCCUCGCGCUGGUGCAGAAGCGCAAGGAGAAGCGGCCUGCAGAUACAGGCAACGGCGAGACGACGCCGCGCGCCUCGGCAGG